AUGUCUUAUAUGCUUCAGCACCUGCACAAUGGUUGGCAAGUUGAUCAAGCCAUUCUUUCAGAAGAAGAUCGUGUUGUGGUAAUCAGGUUUGGCCAUGACUGGGAUCCCACAUGCAUGAAAAUGGAUGAGGUGCUUUAUAGCAUUGCAGAAAAGGUGAAAAACUUUGCAGUUGUGUAUUUGGUGGACAUUACAGAAGUACCAGACUUUAAUAAAAUGUAUGAAUUGUACGACCCAUGCACAGUUAUGUUCUUUUUUAGGAACAAACAUAUUAUGAUUGACUUAGGAACAGGUAACAAUAAUAAAAUUAACUGGGCCAUGGAAGAUAAACAAGAAAUGAUUGACAUUGUAGAAACUGUAUAUAGAGGUGCACGAAAAGGAAGAGGUCUUGUUGUAUCACCAAAAGACUACUCUACUAAAUAUCGCUAUUAA